AAAAGGGUUGGAGCUUGGAGUGCCUGUGAGACGAGACGGCGAGAGAGAGAGAGAGGUAAGCGAAGAUGGUGAAAUUUUUGAAGGCCAACAAAGCGGUGAUUGUGCUGCAAGGACGGUACGCGGGUAAGAAAGCAGUGAUAGUGAGAACGUUCGAUGAAGGCACACGCGAACGCCCUUAUGGCCACUGUUUGCUUGCCGGAAUAAAGAAAUACCCGAGCAAGGUUAUUAAGAAGGAUUCCGCUAAGAAAACCGCCAAGAAAUCGCGCGUGAAGGCCUUCGUCAAGUUAGUCAACUACCAGCACCUCAUGCCCACGCGCUACACUCUCGACGUCGACCUUAAAGACGCCGUUACCCCUGACGCGCUCCACGCUAAGGAUAAAAAGGUCACUGCUCUCAAGGAAACCAAGAAGCGCUUCGAGGAGCGGUUCAAGACCGGUAAGAACCGGUGGUUCUUCACUAAGCUGAGGUUCUGAGCUCACAUUAUCAAAUUUUGUGUCGCUUUUUAUUUUUAUUUUUAACUAUAAGAAUGUUCUAUCUAGUGUUUAAUUCUGAACUGUUUUGGAUCUUGCUUUGUUGUUGAUUGUUACUUUAUAAUGCUACAUUGAGGUUA